UACACGAAGUUAAUGCAUCAUUACUCCAUUUUUUAAAUAAUCCACAAAUAAUUUGUUACCUAGAAACCAUCCUCAGUGGACGCUCAUUUGACUCAAAAGUUCUCAGCUGAUUGAAGAAUAACAAUUUUGGCGAAGGCCCUCCACUGUCUCGACAGAUGCUGUAAUGGCAAGUAUUAAGGUGCCAGAACAGAAGAUAAUUCUCUGUGGAGAGUAUGGAGUUGGGAAGAGCUCACUGUUUCGUAGAUAUGCCACGAAUACUUUUGUGACUGCCACAGAUAGGAAGUCUACCCUUGGUCUUGAUCAUUAUGAAAAAGUUUAUCGUACAGGCGAUAAAGAAGUCAAACUUCAGUUAUGGGAUACCGGUGGCAUGGAAAGAGUCGCCAGCAUAACUUCAUCCUACUACAAAUUUGCAGAAGGCGCUAUUUUGGUUUUUGCCCUUGAUAACCCUGACUCCUUCAAUAUACUCUCCCAGCACCUUUUAGACAUUGUAACUUAUGCAGAAAAUGCCAAAAUCUUUCUCUGUGGUAAUAAGUAUGAUCUCAAGAAUCAAAUUCAAGUCACAGAUGCAGAUAUGGAGAAUUUUUGUGAACAGUGCCACAAUCUCAUUUCUGGUAUCUAUAAGACUUCGUGCAAAACUGGUGCUGGUGUAGAAGAAAUGUUUGCUGAUAUUGCAAGACAGCUGAGCGACUCAAACCGUUCACGAAAAGAACUAGAAAGCAUGAACAAGGAUUCCUUUAAAGUCACUCCUCCUGAAGGUGAACCCGAGGACUCUUGUUUAUGCUGAGUUCUGGUGAGCCAUGAACUGUGAUCGUGACAUGCACCCUUCAUAUCUAGGGAAGUAUAUCAGCCUUGUUUCUUCUCUAAAAUGAUAAAGCUAUGACUAAACUCUAGUUUAUGUCUCUUAAGACAAUUAAUUUUUAUAAACAUUAGCCAAAACUAUUGCGCUUAUGUUCAAAGUUCAUGGAAUUUUCCUUUAACUUUUUGUUAGGCUUUAAUAAUGUAAGUUUUAAAUUCUACAUUCAUCAUCCAUAUAUGUUUUAUAUGUUGUAAAUAUUUAUAUAUAAAUAUAUAUAUACAUAGGGAACAUUAGUGACAAAUGUUGUUUCUUGAGGCAUUAUAUGCUUGUGUAUACAAGAUUUUUGUAUUAUAAAAUGAGUGACCAGAGCAGUUCAAGUUUGUCGAGUGCUAGUCUGGAAAACUUUUGAAAUUUAACUGCAGAAAUUGUGUCCAUUUUAUCUUGCAUGCAGCAGCAGCAGUUUGUAUAUGCUUGUAAGGUAGACUACUACAAUUGAAUGCCAGUUUGAAAUAUUUUAUUACUGUGAUUUUGUAAAUGCAUUUGCCCUGACUUUUUUACACUCAUAGAAACCAUAAAAAUGUGGAGUGAAAGAAAGAUUUCAAAUUAUAAUGUGGAAUUUUACAUAAUUUUAAAUUAUAGAUUGUUUUAACCAUAGUGAUUGGUAUUCUCUUUCAUAAAACAAGGCUAUUUGUAAGCCCUCAAUUAAUUUUGCCAUGUUUAUCCUUGGGCAACUCAUAAGCUGUGCUCUGUUUCAUCUCUCAAUGUUCCAGAAUUGUAGUCAGGUUGCUUCUAGUACAAUAAAAUCCCUUUUUUUAUUUAGUUCAUGAUUUCUAGUUCAUAGGAAAUACAUGGAAUGGUAAUGCUGUGCAGGUCAUUGAAGAUAAUGUUGAAGCUAUUUUCUGCAGCUGUUAGGACAAAAAGUCAUAUUCAUUGGUAAGCAUUGGAACAACUUAUGUUAUCUAGUAUUAAGAGAGACCCCUGAAAAACAUCAUCAUCACAAGAAAUGGUCUGAAGUCGUUUAGUUGGCGUCCACGGAAGUAGUCUGCCAUAGAUAGAGUGAAAUCAGUUGGUACUUGGUGAGGUGUGAGUGUUGAAAUACAGGUAUUAGAUUAUUCAUAGCAUUUGAAUCACUGAAGUUUAUGAAACAAUGAUGGAAAUAUAAAGAGAAAGUACUGUAAUGUAUUGAGAUUUAGUUUGGAAAUGUAGAUAGCUAUGGUGUAGAUAACUUUGCUCUUUCAUAUGGCCUGACUAAAAUUGUGGUAAGUAUACUAUAAUGGAUUGAAGUGCCAGCUUUACAUGUAAAAAGUUCACUUCUAAAGGUUAGCCGUAAAUUUGUAGCUAAACGUUUGUUGAAGAUGCUCAUCUUAGUAAAGUUACCUAGAAGACUUUGAUAAAUUUUAAUAUGUAUAGGCUCUUAUGUUAGCUCUAGGACAGUCUUAGCCAGAAGUAUAGUAAAAAGUACACCUUACUAGUCCAUGUGUUGGAAGUCUUUGGAAACUGCAAUUUUAUUUGUUCCUUUAGUUUUAACUCCACAGUCAAGUCAAUUGGAUUUGUAGAACUAUUUCUGUAUAAUGUUGAUACAGUACUUACGUAUUGUAUUCUCAACAAUGUCAGAUGUGACCCAGACACUGUUAGUAGUGUAAGUCUAUCAUUGAGUAUAGAUAUUCCUCCAUUUUUAUUGGAGUAGGAUCCACAUUGCUCGUUAGAAGUUACCCUGAAAAGCAGAGUACAUGUCUCUUGUUGAACCAGAGCUGAUUUAAGAGUUUUAUUUACAUUGCUGAGGUUUUCUAUUGGUGUCAGAGAUUGUAUGGGUGUGAUUGAACAAGCAUUAAUGUUCAGUGGUUACUGUGUAUCAUUUGAAAAUAUUGUAGCUACAAACAAUAUUUGAUGAACUGCUUCAGUGUUAUUUUCUAUAUCAAUGUGGGCAAAAGUACUAAUGUACUUGUAGGGUCAUUUUUGUCUAAAUUAUUUUUCUUAAUGUUUUGUAAACUGCUUUAAUUGUCCAUUAAUAAAAUUACAUCAUAGAUGUGCCAAUGUUAAUUAUGUAACCCCUGUAGUCUCACUUAACAGUCUGAUCCUGAUGCUCAUGCCACCAUUUGUUAAAAAAAAAGAAUAAAAAAUGAAGGGCUUUACAUCUAUGAUGUAAUGCUAUCAGACACUCAAAGUGCUUUAUGAUAUCUAAUGUAUUCAGGGUUCUCAUCGAUCUUUACAUCUCAAUUGUCCCUCCUCCCCACUCUCAUUUUUUUUUACAAGCAGCAGCUCUCACUGUAUUCUAUGUCCUUCUCGAAGAAGUGUUUUUCCUUUUCAUUCAAACAUUUUCUUUCUCUCCUGUAAAGCUUUGGAAAGUGCAGCACUUUUGUAUUUUGAACGUCCAUGUGCCAGACACUGCUGUCUUCCACCUGUGAGCAAAAAGUUAAAACAUAUCCCCCUUUCUCCAUGCCCUGAUCACUGCCUUAGGAACAAAGUAGAAUCUGAUGUUCAUGGGAUCAUGCAAUACCAGGCUGCAGUGACAUAAUUUUUUGUCUGCGUAUGUUUGUUUACAUGAAGUUUGUUGUGCAUGUUCUCCAGUGAUUUAUUAGCCACUACACACAAAAUCCAUGUUUAUCACCCAGCCUUUUUACCUUCACAGCUCAGUGUAAAUCCAAGUAAUAAUAUAGUCACAGAUUGAAUAAAGAGUGCUGUAAUAAAGUUUUACUUUGUUUUAUGUGUGUGUAUCUUUAUGUGUAAGUGCACAUAAUUAGUUUCUUGUGAUUAUGAAUUUUUUUUCCUCAUCUAUCACUUUGCAGUUUUCAUUGGUCAUGAAGCAUUUUAAGGACUUUUCAUUUGAUUCACACUUUGUUCAGUAUGUAGUUGAAGGCAUGUUUAUGUAUCUUUUGGGUUACAUUAUUUUGUGUAGAGAUGAAAAGUGUGUAAGUGAUAAAUGGAAUUGUGUAAAGAUGUAAGUUUGCUCCUCCCCCUAGACAUCAUGAAAAGAUAAACCCACUCCAUUGUCAGAAAAAUAAUUCCUUGCUUAAGUUACCAGGGCUAACUACUGGAAAACCAAACUUAAAUUGACUAUAUUCAAAGAGACCAUUAACAUUCUAUCGCUUUAACUGAUUUGCAAGACCAAUAUUCAAUGGGUAGUGUAAAGAUCAGAUUGUUGGUACAGUAACUGAAAAAACUUUUUCUUUUUUUGUGUAUCUAGUCUGUCCAGUGGUGUGUGCCCAUUUGUAGACCUAUUGCAUUUAAGCAUAAUGUAUUUUUUUCAUGUUAGAAGUUUAUCAGUCGAUAAACAUACCUCUGAGUAAUUUACCAGUCACUCCACAGGAGGCUUCAUGAUGUUGGUUUUUCAAGUAUAUGUAGUCCUACAUUUUUUCUCUUCAAUAUUUCAUGUUUUUGGAAGCCUAAAUUUUAAGUUCUUAAACAUUCCUUAUCAAUUGCUCUUCUCUUUCUAUAGAGUGUAUUGUUCAUAGGUUUAAAAUAACUUUUGAGGUCCAUAACUUAUUGAUAGGUCAGUGAAGAUAUUCAUAUUUGAAAUGACAAAUUUUUUAUCAAUUUGUAUUUUUCAUAGCUAACAAACCUUCGGUCUUAACAAUGGGAUAAUCUUCAGCGCCAAGCUGUAAACCGGUUAAAACAAUCAAAGAUUGUAAAACAAGUUUGCUGAAUUGGUACAAAUGAAGUGUAAUUAGUUUCAUAUAUCUUUUAGGUAUUUUUUCACUAAACUGCUAUAUUCUUUUUCAUGGGAGUGUAGAAUGAAUUUUGAAUACUUGAAAACUUGCAAAUUGCGAAGAUAUUGUGUUUUUCACUCUUAAAGUCAUUUAAGUCUAUGGUUAGGUUUGAUAUUUGCUUCCAUGUAAUUCUGUUGCUGCUCAAGAAGUUUUCAGUUUUCUUGUUCAGGGAUGAACAAUGGCAGUGAUUUGAAACAGGCAUAAGUUUCCUAGGCAUAAGUUUCCUAGAUCUCCCAGCCUCCCCACAUCUCUUUUAACCCAGGAAAAAUGUUUGUUUUUACCAGUGGUAUUCUUUUGUAUGAGAUGUAUGUAUGUGUGUUGCUGGUUUUAUUGUUUAGUAGUGAAGAAUAUAUCCAGACUUUCUGUAUAGUAUGUCUAUCUCAUCUUAGUUUUGUUUUAAUAUUUAAUUUGUUUGGUAUAGAUCCAAUCAUGUCCAGAUGUUGAACUCUACAAAUGAAGCAUAUAUGAUAAUUUUUGUUCACUUUAUAAUUCAUGAUGCUCUUGUUAUGUUUAUUUCCAGGUGCAUAAUUUAUUUAGUAGAUAAAUACAACCUAUUCUUGAAUGAGUAGAACCACAAGUAAUUGAGCUGUGGAGAAUGUAGUGUUCUUUUUUUUUUUAUUCAAUCUUGAGAACUGUGUUCAGGUUUUGAUGUUCUUUAGAGGAUGUGCUCAUACCAGUAUCUUGCUGCAAGCUAGUUAUACGUACAGAGAAUCCAAAUUGUGUAUCUGAAGCAAAUGUUUGUAUGCAAGAUAACUGCCAUUUUCUUAGUGUGUUAUCAGAAGAAACCUAUUUAAAGAUUUUUUUUAUUUGAAUAAAUGUGUAGACUGUAGUAUAGAUUAGUAUAUUAUUUAUAGGGUUUAUGUGAAAUAUUAGAUAGCAUUAGGUAAUAUGGUGUCUGAAACUUUUUUUUUUUUUUUUAUUUGGGUGUCCUGUAAGCAGGAGCAGUCAGUAGUCUUGUCAUAUGAUAUUUUAUUUCAUGAAGUGGUCGAGGAUUUUGGAUUUGAAGCUUCCUUGGUUUGAGAAUUUUAAUACAACUGUGUUGUACUGUAUUUGAAAGCACAGUUGCAGUAAAAUAUACUACAUUUAGCUAAUAAGUCAGAUAUUUCUUUGCAUAUUGCAGAAUGCAGUCUUGUUCCUAAUGCUUCACUGUAAUUGCACUUUUUUUUAUGAAGAUAUCAGAACAUAUGUGUCUAUAACAUUUAUUUAUUCUUACCACUUGUCACAAAGGAAUCACGUCUUAACAGGCAAAGAAGGACGUAAUUCUGAGUGUGUUACUGGGAUUCUGCUGUUUUGUUUAACACAUAGUUCUAUGAUGGAUUAGAUAUUUAUAUUGCUGAUGAGCAGUGCUGUCAUUAGAACAUGAUUUUGUUAGCUGUACCCAUUCCACUUUCUUUAGACUAAUAGUUAUGGUAUUCUUGAUGGCAAUACAUAUAAGACAGUCUUAUUUUGUUUUAUGGAGUCAUUUUACAGUACUUACUUUCCUCACAGUGUGGAAGAAAUUUUUGUAUAGUUUGUGUGCGGUGAUACAAAGUAAUCUUACCAAUAUAAAUUAUUUUUCUUGAACUACAAAUAUUUGCAGAAAUCUUUCUAUACACUAUACAGUAUAGCAUAAUACACAUCACAAUUGCUUAUACAUACCAUUUGCUUGGUAUGUAUGUAUUCACAAUAAUUUCAUUACAGUAGUUCAAGACUGCAGAUUUUGAAUGUAAUGAGUACCAUGAGUAUGUAAUAAUUUUUACUUAAAUUCAAUAGAAUUUUUAGCCAUUAUUUAUCCUAUCUUACUUUUAGUUGGCUUCCUUCAUAAAGUGUACUUAUUUUUCUCACUUUAUACUGUAAUUGGUUAAUGUUUGUUCAGUGAUACAUAGCAUUCAUGCAAUAUAUUUUUAUUUAAUCAAACAAACUAUUUUGCUCUCAUAAUACAUAAGGUGCAUUUUUUAUAAGUGUUAUUUCAAAUUUCUGUAUAUUAAACUUCAGAUUUGAUUGUGACCAUUAAAAGAAGUGAGUGAAGUUUUAAUACAAUAUACUGAUUGAAUAAAUUG